GGUUGCACGGAGGUCGCACAUCUCCAUUUUAAUAUGGAAAAUGAUGUGUCGACACCACUUCCCCUCAGGGAAGUCUCCAGCUGCGAAACCCCACCAAUGACAUCAGUCAUGGACAGUAGCAAUAAUAACGAAGUGUCAGCUGAACUUCACUCAAGUUUCGACAACAACCUCGGUGUUUGUGCUGCAGAUACUAAUUAUGUAGAUACUGUUUCUGGAAAUGCAAUACCUAGUUUGAUGACACCGCCACUAGGAACACCUCGUUCAAGUUUUGGGUCGGGUACAAUAAAAUAUGCUGGUAUGAUACCCAAAAUUAAGAAGAGGAAAUGUCAGUCAGAGGUGCUUGAAGAUAUUCAGUUUCUAUUUAACGAAUGCGACCCCCCACGUGAACAUUAUGAGGGCUGGAAAACACCUCCAAGUUACCGUCCGCAAUACUUAGAGCGCACGCCACCUCUUUUCAGUAGGAAUCCCCGUAUAGCCCAGUUGGGCUCUCAAUUGGAAUACAAUGCCAAAGAUUUUGGUGUCGAUCAAUUUCAACACUGGACAGACGCUGAGCAAUAUAUGAAAUAUGCUACUAAAGACACAGAAGAUUUUAAUGACUCGGAUGCACGUGAAAAAAGAGAAAAGGUUCAUCGGAUGUUUGAAAUGAUAUAUCUAGAUGAAAAUAAUAAAGAAAAUAAGCCGCCGACGGGUUUUCAAUUGCCGAAACGCCUUCAAAAACGACUGAUGCAAACCAAGACUUUCAAAUAUUCCAUGCCAAGAGGACCGAGAGCGCCUUCUCCACCACCCCCACAAAUCGAAGAAGAUCCUGUGGAGUAUACGUGUGCUCCUAUGGUUCAAGAUCCGUAUACAGAAAAAUUAAAAAAGCGUGCUAUACGGGACGCCAAAAAGAGCCGGAAGAAGGAACAAGAUCUUCAAAAGCAAAAAGAAGCUGAACAGAAGACCAUAGAGGAGGAACUUUACAAGCAACAAAAUGCUUUAGAAACAGAGGAGUUUACGAAACGGGCUAUUGCUGCGAGAAAGGUUUGUCCUACUGAUAGUAAGGGCCAGGCUGCAGUGGAAGUUGCUGUUCACGCGAGACAGUUGACCGCUGAUCAAGAUAGAAAACCACAUGUCGCACAGAAAAGAGGCAUUUCUAGAUCUGGGGGUGUUUCCGCACUAAAGCGAGGGAUACCACCAGUCAUCACACAGUGCCCACCAUCCACCAGAGGAAAAGCUCAACAAGCAGUCGUCAGAAUACCGUCUUCUAGGAGCCCUAUAGUCUCCGCAGCAGCUGUUACGGCUAGUGUAGCACCGUGUUCACAACCUACUAGAGAAAUUCAUCAAUCUUCUACAAGAAGCAGAAUGCCUAUUUUAGUCAACCGUAAAGUGGCACCAACAGAAGGAAGAAGUGGAAUUUCUUCUAGAAACAAAGGAAUACCUAUUCCAAAAUCAAAUGUACAGACCUCCAGUUCAAUAGUUGAUCCUGCGUGUGCACCAUUUACAAGAGGGAAACCUCUUCAAGCUGCCGUAAAUCGAGCACCUUCUUCUAGGACCCGUAUAGGUUCCACAGCAGCUCUUACGCCUAGUGCAGCGCCACGUCCACAACCCACUAGAGAAAUUCAUCAACCUUCUACAAGAAGCAGAAUACCUAUUUCAGUCAGUCGUAAAAUAGCACCAACAGAAGGAAGAAGUGGAAUUUCUUCUAAAACCAAAGGAAUACCUGUUCCAAAAUCAAAUGUACAGACCUCCAGUUCAAUAGUUAAUCCCACGUGUGCACCAUCUACUAGAGGAAAACCUGUAGAACCUGUUGUAAAUAGAAUACCUCCUUCUAGGAUCCGUAUAGGCUCCGCAGCAGCUCUUACGGCUAGUGCAGCGCCACGUCCACAACCCACUAGAAAAAUUCAUCAAUCUUCUACAAGAAGCAGAAUUCCUAUUUUAAUCAGCCGUAAAGCAGCACUAACAAAAAGAAGAAGUGGAAUUUCUUCUAGAAACAAAGGCUUACUUGUUCCAAAAUCAUCACGGUCCUCCAGUCCAGUAGUUGAUCUUGCCUGUGCGCUGAAUGCUAUUCAACAAGCUUCCUCAACCGAUCUAUCACGGGCUCUCAGUUCAGGUCGUCCAGUCACAUCACCUGUUGCUCUAGUAGCCGGUCCGUCCUGGGCACUGAGUUCAGAUCUUCCAAGUACCUCAGCAACGACCUCAGUCAUUUCUCCAGUAGCUUUUUUUAAGAUGGACAAAAGUGACAAAACUUCUCCAGCGUCCAAGGUGGCGUUUAUUAUGGUGCCGAUUGACGAGGAAUGUGAUCCUAAAAAACUUGGAAAGAAAAGCGAAUCGGAAGAACAGUCUUCCGUUAACAUUUUGGCUGAAAGACCGCCGUCUCAAGUCAAUAUUUCUCCCAAUAAAACAUCGAAGCCACCAGUUCUUUCUUCAGACAUUAGGGAACAGGCUGGAUCAUCUCAAUCUCCUUGUUACCUACAACCCGGUUUUAUGAACAAAUUAUAUAUAAACUUCCCAUUGUACUCUCCAUCUCGCACACUUAUGCAAUUUUUUGUUGGAAAGAAAAUGGAUUGUUUACGAGGCUUCCAAAUGCCUAGAGGUGCCCAAAUUAGAGAAACUCCAACUGAACAGUUGCCUUGUCUUGAAACAGAGGUUGAUGAUUCACCUCCACCACAAACUCAAGUUUGUCCACUACGUGAACCGUCACUACAAGCUGGUCCGCCUAGCGGUUUUGUGUUGAUUCUGGAUGAAACUGACGAAGUUGCUACUGCUAGUACUACACCAUUACCAGAUGAACAAGACUCUGAUGAUAGUUUACCUCCAUCUUAAGACCGUCACACACUUCAGGUUUAAGACCUCCAGAAGUGAGGUAGAGUGUCGAGCAUGGAAAUCAAUUCAAUUUAUAUAUUUUUUAUAUAUACAUAUUAAUUUUUCUGUAAUAAACACGUUUAAAAGUA